AUGCAUUCUCUGGGUAGAUACGUCUGUGCUGUAGGCCAAGCUACCAAGACAGCGAGGUGUUUCUCAACCUCUGGUCGAGUUUUAAGUAAAGUCGCUCUUCUUGGCGCCAGCGGUGGAAUAGGACAGCCUACCGCCCUCCUCUUAAAGCAAAAUCCACUAAUUAAAUCACUAGCUUUGUAUGAUAUUGCCCAUUGUCCCGGUGUUGCUGCUGACUUGAGUCAUAUUGAAACCCCAGCCCAAGUCACUGCUCAUAAGGAUCCGUCAGAAUUGCCCGCUGCACUCCGAGGAAUGACUAGAGAUGACUUGUUCACAUUCAAUGCCUCCGUGAUUGCCGAACUGUCUCUGGCCUGCGCAAAACAUUGCCCAGAAGCAAUGAUCUGCGUGGUCACUAAUCCUGUCAACAGCACUGUCCCAAUUGCCGCCGAAAUGUUUAAAAGAUUGGGCGUUUAUAAUCCCAAGCGUCUGUUUGGCGUUACUACUUUGGAUAUCAUCCGAUCAAAUACUUUUAUUGCCCAAGCCAAGGGUCUAGAUGUGCGUAAAGUCAGUUGCCCUUGCAUCUGCGGACACUCCGGAAUAUCAAUAAUUCCCGUCUUUUCGCAGUGCAGGCCUGAAGUCUCCUUCCCACCGGCAAGUUCUUGCAUAUAUUUCUACAUAUUUGAGAGCUAG